AUGAUUUUGGUGUCCAUGCUCCCAUCACUUGACCAACAGGAUAUUCUACCAAAGACAUGUUGUCUCAAGAUGAAGAUUGAUACCAGCCUGACUAUGCCCCAGCUCCCAGAGGCAAUGUCCCAGGCUGGCCUACAGUUUACUGUGGCAACUGAGGAGGACUUUGAUGAGAUCAUGGCUAUGAGCCAGGAUAUCUAUGGAGGCCUGGACUACUUGCCCACUAGAUACACCAGUUGGCUACAGGAGACAAAUCGUACAGUCAUAUUGGCUCGCAAACAGGGAAAAGUGAUUGCUCUGGAGUCAGUGUGUGUGAUUGAUGAUGGGGAGACCAUGCUGGUGGAAGGUCUCCGUGUCGCCCCGCAGGAAAGGGGAAAGGGUGUGGCAGGAGUUCUGCUUCGUUUUUGCUCUGAAAUGGUCAAGUCCAAGUACCCAGAGGUCAAAGUGAGUCGUCUGACCCGUGAUGAUCAGCUUGGACCAAAGGACUUCCAGAAGUAUCGUAUCAUAACCAAGCAGGGUAUUCUGCUGGUGCGCUUCAGAGCAGAAGAUCUCAAGUUCCGUCUGACUGAGCUUGGUCUGGGUGGAAACACAUCUUCCUCUGAUUGUCCGCCAGUACUGCUUGACCAUACAGCUAUCCACCGGCUGUAUCUGACUACUGACCUUAUGCAGGGGGUUCUUCCUAAUGCCACCAUCAUUCAAGACUGGCAGCCAUUCAAGCUUUUACCCAGUAACAUGGUCAUCCUCCUGAAGAAGGACAUAGAUUGGAUGGUGGAUGAUGUGUCCAACCCUACCGUUGCAAGCCUGUGUACCUUCCCUUUCAGGGUGCCCAUUGGAGAUGACUGGUAUUACCUCAAUAUUGACAUGUUUGGUAAAGACCUGGACCUGGUACGGCAGCAGUUCUUGUGCCACCUGCAGAGCCACGCCACCACCCUGAAGGGUCAUGUGAUGUGCCAGAUGUUCUUGGACCCACUGCUCUGGAAGCCUAUGGCCGAAUUCUGCCACAAUACCUUAGGUGUGGAGCUGGUGAAGGAGUACACUGAGCAGUGCGUAGUGGAGUCAGACGUCAUUUAG